AUGAACGAAGACACUCACACCGCUAUCGCCCAACGACUUCAAGGACAUUUCAAGUUCAAGAAGAAUUCGAUCGUACAGGCUACUCAGUUCCGACCGACGGCCCUUCAGGGAUUACCUCAUAAAGCUCCCACUCGGGAGGACAUCAAAUCUAGAAUUCAUCACCGCCCUACAAGACAACGUGCGCCCUGCCAAAACCAAUAUAUCGACCGGGAAAACCAAGAGACUGGUAACGUCAUCGACGCUGAACAACGACAGGCGGUAAUUAUCGGUUUAGUGGUGGAAAUCAUACAGGAUUUCAAUAUAACCUUGGAACUCAAGAAGAUACGAGUAUAG